ACUCAUCAACCUCUAUAUAUACCCACUCAAUCUCAUGUCAUUUUUAUUCACAACACAUUCCAUAAAUUCUCUUUGUUCACAAACAAAACAUACAUUAGAGACAAAUAUGGCUCCUUUAGGAGACAACAAAGAUAACAAUGUUGUUGUUUCAAAUUUGAAACUUGAAAGAAUGCUUAGUAUGAAGGGUGGCAAAGGAGAAGCUAGCUAUGUCAAUAAUUCUCAAGCUCAGGCACAACAUGCAAGAUCAAUGCUGCAUUUACUGAGAGAUACUCUCGAUAAAGUUCAACUAAACUCACCUGAAAUCCCUUUCGUCAUCGCCGAUUUAGGUUGUUCAUGUGGCAGCAACACGAUUUUCAUCAUCGACGUAAUCGUCGAACACAUGAGCAAACGUUACGAAGCUGAAGGUCAAGAGCCGCCGGAAUUUUCUGCGUUUUUCUCCGAUCUACCGUCGAACGAUUUCAACACACUGUUUCAAUUGCUGCCGCCGUUGGCGAAUAAUGGCUGUGGAAGUAUGGAGGAAUGUCUGGCUUCUAAUAGUCACCGGAAUUAUUUCGCCGCAGGCGUUCCUGGUUCGUUUUACCGGAGGCUUUUUCCGGCGAGAUCCGUUGAUGUUUUCUACUCGGCGUUUUCGCUGCAUUGGCUCUCUCAGGUGCCAGAAAUAGUGCUGGACAAGAGAUCAACAGCAUACAACAAAGGGAAAAUAUACAUACAUGGAGCAAAUGAGAGCACAGCUAAUGCAUACAGAAAACAAUUUCAAACUGAUUUGGCUUAUUUCUUGGGAUCAAGGUCUAAAGAAAUGAAGAGAGGUGGUUCUAUGUUCUUAGCUUGUUUGGGUAGGACUUCUGUGGACCCUACUGAUCAAGGUGGGGCAGGGCUGCUCUUUGGGACCCACUUUCAAGAUGCUUGGGAUGAUCUUGUCCAAGAGGGCCUAAUUACUAAUGAUAAAAGGGACAAUUUCAACAUCCCAGUGUAUGCACCAAGCAUUCAAGAUUUCAAAGAAGUUGUAGAAGCCAAUGGCUCAUUCAAAAUUAACAAUCUUCAAGUUUUUAGGGGAGGAAGUCCCCUAGUGGUUAGCCACCCGGACGACGCGGCUGAAAUAGGACGAGCACUCGCUAAUAGCUGCAGGAGUGUUAGCGGGGUGCUCGUGGAUGCCCACAUUGGUGAACAGCUCAGCGAUGAGUUGUUCACCAGAGUGGAGGAUCGUGCCACGCGUCAUGCAAAAGAGCUUCUCCAGAAUCUCCAAUUUUUUCAUAUUGUUGCUUCACUUUCUCUUCUGUAGAAAUGAAAUUAAAAUGUUUGAUUAGAAUUUUCAAAAGAGAGACAAAGGGGCUAGUGAAAGUUUAUGUCUCUAUUAGAGAAAUUAAGACUGACUUGUAGUUUGGUUUGAUUGAUAAUAUAUGGUCGAAAAAUUAGACGUUUAAAUUUGUGAUCUAAACAAAUCUUAGAUAUUUGUAAUUUAUUUAAUUUUUCGAUCUAUGAAAAUCUUGCAUUGUUAAUUUUGUUAAA